UUGCACAAAUUGCGGCCGAAACAAUGGAUAAUUAUCCUUUAUGUAAUCGCCUACUUCGUAAAGUUGUGCCAGAAGAAAAAAUUAACCCAAUGAUGUGGAUUGGAGCAAAUAAAGAGUUUAAACCAAAACCUUAUAUAAAAGAAAUUAUGAUGAAACAUAAUAGAAAAAAAACUCUGGAAGAACAGAAAAAACAAAUUGAUAAUUUAUUAAAAAAAGAAAAUAAAAAACGAAAAAGAUUAAAAGAAUUGAUGUAG